AUGGUAGAACGGUUUCACCGCUCUCUUAAAUCCCCCAUCCGCUGCCAUGCAUCCACCGAGUGGGUAGACAUCCUCCCCACGGUCCUGGGACUACGAGCCAGCGUCAAAGAGGACUUGAAGACCAGUGCAGCGGAAUUGGUUUACGGAACCCCAAUCCGUCUACCCGGAGAAUUCUUCAUAGACGAAGACCCACCAAAAGACCCUCAGAUAUUCAUCGAAAAGUUACGCAAAUUCAUGCGUAAAAUACGACCAACACCGCCAGCUCACCACAUCAGGCCCAGGGUAUUCAGUUAUAAGGACCUCUUCAGCUGUUCCCAUGUAUUCGUCCGAGUGGACGCCGUCAAAAAGCCUCUCGACUGCCCCCACGAAGGCCCGUACGAGAUCAUCGAAAGGAUAUCCGAUCGAGUUUUUAAGCUCAAAAUCAAAGGAGAGGAGGUAACCAUUUCCACGGAAAGACUGAAGCCGGCCUACCAAGAGUUAAUACCCCGGGAGACGCUACAUGUACCAAGGACAUACCCGCCACAGCACAGCAACCUACGAAGACCUAUCCUCCAGCCAAAAAGGUCACAUUCGCAACUUAGGCAAAGUUGCUAA